GUUUAUUUCCGGCUAAACAGAGUCAGCUGUUGGUGGAAACACUCGUGGAUGUUGUAACUGUUACGCAACAAUGUUUUGUAACUAGCACGUUGUUGUGACUUGUAGCUUAUUUCCUUCGUGGCGGCUCGGUCUUGACGUAAAGUAAGUCACGUGUGUUAUCCUGCAGUUGUCGGCCGGUUCAGCCUCCACAGUGGUCUGCCGAGCAGAGCGACGUGACCGUAUUGGGAUUGAAGAAGAGAGGCAUCAACCGGCACCGACAGCAGGAUGUCCCCGGUUCCCAAAGUGAGGCUGACCGGAGGUCUGGAGGUCUGCCGGGUGCUGAACGGCAUGUGGCAGGUGUCCGGAGCGCACGGGGAAGUGGACCGGGCCAAAGCAGUGGAGGCGAUGCAGUCCUACGUAGACGCUGGUCUGACCACAUUUGACAUGGCAGAUAUUUAUGGGCCUGCAGAGGAAAUAUUUGGACAUUUCAACAGCCAGGUCAAAUCAUCUGGGAAUGACGUCCCAGCUCUGCAGAGUCUCACCAAAUACGUGCCGAGACCAGAACCGAUGAACCGAAAGGUGGUGGAGAAGGCUCUGCGGCGCUCCAUGACCCGGAUGCAGGUUGACAGUCUGGACUGUGUUCAGUUCCACUGGUGGGACUAUAAAGACAAAAGAUACCUGGACGCACUGGGACACCUCUCCGACCUGCAGCAGGAGGGACUCAUACGAGAGCUCGCCCUCACUAACUUUGACACUCAGAGGCUGGAGGAGAUCACCAGCCGAGGCAUCCGCAUCUCAAGCAACCAGGUUCAGUACUCUUUGAUUGACCAGCGACCUGCGGCCAAGAUGGAGAAGUUCUGUCUGGCGAACAACAUUCAGCUCCUCACGUACGGCACUCUGGCUGGCGGCCUACUCUCAGAGCGUUAUCUGGGGAAGACGGAGCCUACUUCCAGGGCGGAGCUCUACACCGCCUCCCUCUCUAAGUACAAGAACAUGAUCAACUCUUGGGGUGGCUGGAGCCUUUUCCAGGACCUCCUCGUUGCCUUGGAGACCGCUGCUCGGAGACACGACUGCUCAGUGGCCAGCGUGGCAACACGUUACGUGCUGGAUCGCCCUGCAGUGGGCGGGGUCAUUGUCGGUUGUCGGCUAGGCGUCGCAGGGGCGGGGCAACACAUCAGUGACAGUCUGCGUAGCUGCAGCCCUGACUUGAAGUUGACAGUGGAAGAUCUUGCCGUCAUCACAGCAGUGACACAACGCUCCAGGGACCUCAGUGCACUUAUCGGGGACUGUGGGGAUGAGUACAGGAGCUAGAGAGGUGGGGGGAGGGAGGGAGGACAGAACGGCUCUUCAAGUAGAAAAAGCAAUGAAAAUCUGUUCAAUUCUCCAUUCACAUUUUUGCCACUCCUAUUGAUUGAUAGAAGUUGCUGGGAAAAAAGGCGGAAGCUGCUGUUUUGUUAAACAUUAUUUACAUGAGAAAGAGCCUUCAGUAAGUGGGGAUCUAUACGUUUGGACCUUUAUACAACCUCCGAAGAUAUGUGCCUCAUUCAAAGUGUAAAUAUUCAGUGGGUAAAAACCCACUGAAUAUUUGAUGCUGUUAAACACACUGAACACUUUUCUCUUCCAGCGCAUGCUUCCAGUGUUGUAGUGCUUUUUAAUGUGGGAGAGAAGCUUCUCAUUCAGGCUUGAAUAUUGUUGCAUUAAAAUGCACAAACACAGUAAUUACUGUUUACAUUUCAGUGUCUUUUAGUUACAGAAUUAAGAAAAAAAGGGCAGAGUCUAAACUAUGAUUGUACUCUUUCACACUGAUUUAAAUCAAUAUUUUCUCAUAAUAAGAUAUGGCAUCUCAUUAAUGUAAUUCUGAGGGUUUGUUUUUAAUUUGUGUUGAAUUCAAUGUAUGAGAUUAAUCCAAAUCACCUUGAAUGAGUGGGUUGUAUAGGUAAAUAAAACUUUUCUCAUCAA